UUAUUUAACUCGAGCCGCCGUCGUCGAGUGGAUGCGGACGCUCAGUCGUGUGGGUGCUCCCGCAUAGCAGUCUCUAGCUCGUCUCGAUUCCACUCAACAGCUGCUGCCCCUAUCAUUUGCCACAAAAUUUCAUCCCUCAGUCACUCACAGUCAGACAGACGAACGACGAGACCAACGCAGCUAAACGCUCUAAUUCUCGCCAAGGGGUCGACUUCUAAAACGUCAGAGUAGAAUGAUAGCGCGGUGAAUUAGCCGCCAUGCCGAGCAGCGCCUUCAUCUAUCCGGCCCCCGUGGGGGGCUCGUCCUCGUCCUCCUCCUUGUCCUCGCUGUCGUGCUCGUCGGCGCCGCGGGGCGGCUCCAAUGAGUCCACGGACUACGGCUUCGUCAGCGUGCACCACCACCAUCAUCACCACCACCACCAGCAAAAGGCGGCCACCAUGGAGUACCGGCGGCCGCAGCAGCCGGCGGCCACCAGUCCGAUCCGCAACGCACUACGCAAGAGUGCCUCGCUUCUCAGCGCCAACUGGUGGGCCAGCCGCCUGCUCAGCCGGCCCGACAAGCCGGAGGUGGUGCCGCCCCCACCGCCCCCGACCAUGACGCGGCGUUGGCGAAGCGUCGGCACGCUGCUCAAGCAGCAGCAACAACAGCAGCAACAGCGGCGGCCGCGGGCCAACACGCUGCUGACGUCGCAGCACCGGCCGCCUCCCAAGGAGUUCUACCUGCUGGACGACUUCCUGGCGCCCCCAACCUCCUCGUGCUUCCAACCCCCACCCUCGGACUACGCCAAGGUUGUGCAGAACUCGCGCGCCGCCGCCUCCGCGCCCCUCCAGCCGACGCACUACGCGCGCCCCCUCCACCGCUCGCACGCCGACCUGACGCAGCAGCGCAAGGCGUGGCGCUCGCAGCCUCCGCCGCCGCCCCCGCCCAUAGAGUCACCCGAGCCACCCCCGGUGCCGCCUCCACCGCCCUCUGACCUGUUCUCCGACUCAUACCGCCGUUCCAUCGGCGACCGCUCGUGCCACUGCCGCUCCUGCGACGUCCGCCUCAUCCACGAGAGCUACGCCUCCCUCCUCCAGCAGCACCACCGACUGAAUGCAAACAGCGGGCAGCAGCAAAAGCAGCAGCACAAGGAGAUAAUCGAAUACGCGACCAUCGGGCGUUCGCAGGGCCCGAAAGUGCACCACUCGUCCACCGCUUCCCGCCUCUCGCACAUCAGCUCCAAAAGCGUGGGCACCAACAGCCUCUGCGUCGGCACCGACCAGAAGACUCACGAGCUUUCGGGAGCACCAGCGUCGGCAACCCUGAAGCAAGCCGGCUGUAAAAUGGGCGGCAACAACAACAACCAGAAGCUGGACAACCACCAGCAACUGUCGCCGAACAACAACUCGACGCACUGCAGCAACAAAAGCACCUCGACGUCGCCCUCCCUCGAGUCAUCGCCUCGAAAGAGCUCUGACAGCGGACGCUCGAGUUCGGCCGGAAGCAAGGACGGCACUGUUUAUCCCAUCUCCUCCGCAGAGGCGCUCAAGUUGUAUGGCUCGCGACUGACGCAGCACGAGCGUAACGAGAUCAACGAGUACCCGCAAGUGUGGUACCUGGGCCUGGACGCGUGCAAAGUGCACCCUGAGGAGAACGGCGCGCAGAACGGUGGCUACGACGACGAGAACGGCAGCUACCACAAGGUUCUGCAUGACCAAAUCGCCUUCCGCUACGAAAUCCUCGAGGUCAUCGGCAGGGGCAGCUUUGGGCAGGUCAUCAAGGCGCUCGACCACAAGACCAACACAUACGUCGCCAUCAAAAUUAUCAGAAAUGAGCAGGGCGACGAACAGAAUAAGAAGCGAUUCCACCACCAAGCGUUGGUCGAGGUCAAAAUCCUAGACCAUUUGCGCAAGAAAGACCGAGAGGGCACCAACAACAUCAUCCACAUGCUCGAGUACUUCUACUUCCGGAACCAUUUAUGCAUCACGUUCGAGCUCAUGAGUUUGAACCUGUACGAGCUGAUCAAGAAGAACAACUACCAGGGUUUCAGUCUCAACCUGAUCCAGAGGUUCACCAAGUCGCUAGUUCAUUGUCUCCGACUUUUGUACCGCGAGAAUAUCAUCCACUGUGAUUUAAAGCCGGAAAACGUGUUGCUGAAGCAAAGGGGCAGCACGGGCAUCAAGGUGAUUGAUUUCGGCAGCUCGUGUUACACCCACCACCGGGUGUUCACCUACAUCCAGUCGCGCUUCUACCGUUCUCCGGAGGUGAUCUUGGGCCUCCCCUACGGCACCCCGAUCGAUAUGUGGAGUCUUGGUUGCAUUCUGGCCGAGCUGUACACAGGUUACCCGCUGUUCCCCGGCGAGAACGAAAUGGAGCAAUUGGCCUGCGUGAUGGAGAUUCUGGGCCUGCCGCCAAAAUCGGUCUUAGCCGCAGCUACCAGGAGAAGGCUGUUCUUUGAUUCGAAAGGGCAGCCGCGCUGCAUCACGAACAGCAAGGGCCGCAAGAGGAAACCGUCGUCCAAGGACUUGAGCUCGGCCAUUCGCUGCAGUGACAGGCUUUUUGUCGAUUUCAUCAGUCAAUGUUUAGAGUGGGACGCGAGCAAGCGGAUGACGCCGGACGAGGCGAGCAAGCACCCGUGGCUGAACCAGAGCGGUAGCGCGCCAUUCGAGUUCCAGCGGUGCCAGUCGCAGGAGGCGGCCACUCCGAGCCACAAGGCGAGCAGCUCUGCGGCCGCCUCGGCGGCCAACAACCUGUCGUCAACGCGGUCCGAGUCGGACCUGCCGGGCAGCGUGCUGCCUCCGGCGCCGCCGCCGGUCGGCGAGGCGUACUCGCUCUACCGCGUCUACCGGGGCACCCGCAAGGCGCCGGUCUCGUCCAAGGAGCGGCUGUCGUCGGCCGACGCCGCCACUGAGCGGCGCCGCGGCGCCGCCAGGGUCGGCAGCGGCAUGCAGCGCGAGAGCUCCCUGCCCGAGAAGAGCAGCCUGACCGACUCGGGCACCUUCCUGCCGCCCAUCCUCUGAACGCACCCGGCGGCUUAGAUUCAUUGGGGUUCAAUUGUAACAAAAAAAGAAAGAAAUAAUGCUGUUGUUCGCUCCGAGCACAUAUCACGGGAGGAUUCUAUACUCGACUCUUUCGGUUUCGGAAGAUCUCUGCUCCCGCGAAAGGCAGGCAGGCAGCCCCCUCUUGCUCAAUUAUCAACUUGUCGUGUGCACGCACGUGCAGGAGGCGUCCCGAUAUAUUGCGCCAUGUUUAGUCAGACAAAUCGCGGUAGGGGAUUAGUUUCGAAAUAUAAAUAUCUAAGAGGUUAGAUACUGUGCAGUCCUAAGCAUAAUCCGCUCCGAAAAGUUGGUUGUUUUCAACGCGGCUUCAGUUCAUAAACUGAUUUCCUACACCUUUUAGAAGAUCUCGAUGAAAGAAAAAUGUGUAAUCGUAGGAAAUUGACUGUAUUAACAUAAAUGGGGGGACAAUUCACGAGUCGCGCAGACAUGGCCGCUGCUGGGGUCUUGAGCUCGAAUGUGGCGAUUGGUGUCCUAACUUUUGCUCUAAAAAUAAUUUUUAAACAGCUCAAACUUAAACCGCAGUUAGGAUUCCCUAGCAGCCGCCAUCUUGCCUGUCUUGCUGACAUAAAACAGCUCCCAUUGAUGAUUGGACUAUACACACCUCGUUAAAUUCCUUUUAAAGUGGAUCUUAACAGGAACAAAAAUUAGAAUCGAGCAAUUGGUGUCCUUAAAUAUAUCUGUUGAUUUAGCAAAUAUGCGCGUUUAAUAAUCAAAACAGGACCGAGCCAGAAAUAAAUUCCAGGUUUUACCUAAUUUUUCGAAAUUAUUAAAGGCUUUGUCAUUUUUUUGCAUGAUUUGGAUUUCUCUAUGCAAAUUUCAAUGGAAACCUGUGUUUCAUUUUUAUCAAUUUCCCAAUUUUAGAGAGAAUAUUUAAAUUUAAGAAAAGAUCCACUUUGGGAGCGACAUAGUAUCUAUCCACUUUUUGUAUCGGACCGAAAAAUAUGUCUCAGGCAGGAAUCGAAACGGUAUCUUAAAUAGAUUGUAAUAUAUUUAACUGUUUUUAAACUAUCUUCCCGAGAAAGCGCAGUCCAACCGAAAUUGAGCAGUUUACGCACAGAAGACGCGCGGAGAGUAGUUCCUCCGCCCCCCGCCCGAAUAUAAAUAUCGCUCUCUGGAUAUGUGUAACGAGUAGAAUUUUUGUGAUGUACCCGCGCGCGAACUCUGUUCCAAGUGUUUCUAUCUCCUUUUCCACACUCACAAACUCACUCGGAUGGUUGGAUCUUCUACCGUGUCACCUGCUCUUUCUGUUCUUUUGCAAUAAUUGUAGAAUAAUACAUAUUAUAUCUCUCGAUCGAAUAUACUGUUUUGCUGUUGCUCAUUUUGUAAGGACGCAUCCAUCGAUGUUGUAAAUCUGUAAGUUGGCAAUUUCACUGCGAAUCGACAUCUCAAUACUGAGAACCUCGUCGUCUCUUUUUAAACUAAUAUUUUGCUUGAAUUGUCUCGAAGUAACUAUAAACAUAAUUAAUUGUUAACUACUGUAGAACAACAAUAACACACAACGCGAGCGCAGGUUCUGAAAUGACGCGUGGAAGGGCCUAAAAUUCGUGUUGUAAUAAAGAAAACCUCCUUUUGUACCAACAUUGUGAUACCAGCCAAUCGAGGCCACUUCAUGCGAAUUUGUACACACGUUAUUUCGAUCAUUUGUAGCCGAGUUUUAGAACUUCUCUAAACAAGCAAAAAUACGAAACCCGACCUUGCCCCGUUGACCAACUUUUUGUGAUCUGUCAGAGGAUAUGUUCAUUGUUUAUUUUUUCUAAGUCAGGUUAAUAGAACACUUUUCUCCCUCCGUUUCGUUUGAAGCUUAUUUUUGUGAAUGAGAAUGCUCAAUUAAUCAAAACUGUCAAGUAGAAUAUUUGUAUUUUCGGUCAGCGCAGCAAACUAACUAACUUUGAGUCAUAAAAUUCGUGGCUGAAAAUCUUGAGAAGAGCACCUAGUGUUUUUUGUUCUGUCUAAUUUUAUUUUUACUCACACGCAAUCAUACUAUUGUACUAACAUCAUACUGUAAAGACUAAAUUUUUUACUUUUGAAGCAAAAGAUCUCAUGUGUCAGUAUGAGUUGCUGUCUACGGUUAAUUAAUUGAAAAUCAAUUCUACGCGAUUGAUUGUCCGUGUCUCAUCCUAUAAUAUAGUAACUGUGUAUAUAAAAUAUUAGCGCAGGAUCAACACACGCGGCGGGCGGCUCUUUUUAAAGCAAAGGCGCACGCAGACACACACACGUUAAUAUUCGUACUUUUAAUAAGGGUCUUUACUUUUAGCGAGUAAGAGAGAGAGAUUGUAAAACCUUUAGCGUUAACAUUAAUCAACUGAGAGCUAUGUUGCGGUGAGAUGAUAACGAACUCUGCCAGAAGGGAAUCGACGACAACCGAGAUUUAAAAAUCAGAAAAAAACACCGUACUGGAAUUAAGGACUUCUUUGAUGAGAAAGACUGUGAUAGAUUAUAUAAAAAUGCUUGUGAAAUUUUAAUUGGAAUCCUUCUUGGCGACAUUAAAUAAAUACCCAUGUACUCAAA